AACCAUGUUCCUCGUUUCACAGUGCCGACGAGAAAACUGGACAAAACGCAAUGUCCGUUCGCCAUUAUUGUCGAGAGGACCUACGAAAAGUACUCUCGAAGUAUAUUCGGUUUUAUCGCUACAAACCGACUUUAAAUGCAGAAUAACGUAACAGAAUUAACGCAGAGACUACUGAGAGCACUGGAUAGUAAUUAUAAUGUCAUCAAUCUACCCGAAGUUGUUAACAUUAUUACGCUAUUGGAAAAAGUGGCUAUCACCAAAGAAUUGCUUGGGUCCACCCGAUUAGGGAAGUAUGUGAAUGAGGUCAGACGCAAGACGUCAAACGAGGAAUUACGUAGACGUGCCAAAGAAUUAGUAAAAAAAUGGCGCAUUAUGUUGAUUCCCGAAGCCAAUGGGCAAAUCAAGACCGCUACGCAACCGGGACCGAUAAGAGCCACCCCAAACAAGGGGAGCCCCCCCCUACAAUGCCCCAGCGCUGAUUCAAAAGUUAAUUCAUUCCCCCCAAGACAGGCAAAUUCACCGGUCCCUGUUAUGCAAGCUCGAAUGGUAAGUCCAGGAGUGCAAAGGCUGGCCGGAUCAGGUGCUCAACCGAACCGACUGGUCAGUCCUCAAAUGCAGCAAAGAUUUGCAAGUCCUCCUGCAAGAACCGUGAGUCCGGGAUCGCAAGCACACAAACUUGUAAAUCCUGGACGUAUGCUUAGUCCCGGAUCGCAAGCACAUAAACUUGUUAAUCCUACUGGACGCAUGCUUAGUCCGGCUCUUCAAGCUCAGCAGUCGGUAACUCCCCAUAAGAUGGUAAGUCCUGGAGACCAACGAGUAAGUCCUAAACUGGCAGCGCAGGCUGCUCAAAGGCAAAAAUUGGAGACUGCCAGUCCUCCGCUGACUGCAGCUCAAAGUAUUGACACCAGCUUGAAGAACAAGAAACGGCAAGCUAGUGAUGUUUUCGAUAAUGCAAACGCUAAAAGAUCGAGAUUAAAUGGAACUGUGGCCGAUCUCGAGAUUUCAGAUAGCUCAAGCUCUAGUUUCAAAGAUGUGAUAUCGAAGUCAAUGGCCAAACCGGAAUUGAAACGAGAUGCUAUUAGUCUAAACUCGGAUUCGAAUUCCAGCUUUGCAGAACGAACGGGUGAGCCCCAUAUUGAUCAGCAAAUGCCAAAGAAACGGGGACGCAAAAAAGGCUCAAAAAAUCACAAGAAUUUACUUGACGAAGCGGAGACAUCAUUCACCAAUAAACUUGCCGUGUCUGCUUCCCGAGGAGUAUCCAAAGUAAAAACUACUCAGGAGAUUUUGGCUGGCAUCCAGAAUAAAAAUACAGCCACGCUGAGUUUGUCUUCGGUUCUGAAACCAUCUAAGGAAGAUUUAGAAGAGAAAGCGGCGAAACUAACCGAAAGGGUGUCCAUUAUUGAUCGGAAACUGAACGCCAAUGCUCAUAGGAAUAGGAAUUCUCAUAAAAGUAAAUUGACCUUAAGUGCCAGCAAACCCAAUGAGCGCGUGAUCGAGAGCGGAUCUGUGAUUAAUGAUAAAAGCCUGCUGAAUGCAUUUGAGCAGGAGGAUGACGAAGAUGACGUCGUCGUUGUGGAUGAUGCUGAAUCUGUUGGUAGUCGCACUGAAGAGAGCCAAGAGACUGAUGUUGCUGGACCAUCGCAGAAACAAGAAUUUGUCGGGGCUAGAUCGUUUAGCAUAGAAGAAGCUCUCGCUCAGCUUCCUCCUAUACAUAUGUCUGUACUAGACGAACCAGACCCUACCCCACCUUGCAUUUGUCGCCUGAAAGAAAACAAACCUAAAGAUUUCUCUAUCUGUGAUGAUGAAGAGAUCGAGCAGUUGCCUCCCUUUGAAAUGAUCGAAGAUCCGGCGUGUCCAGCUAAACGGUUCUUGGCAACCAAAUACAACGUUGACGACAUCUCAGAAAAGAAAAUUGAAAGGUUGCAUAAAGCCUUUCUGCCCAACGUGAAUGGCAAUUGGAGCUUGGGAACUCCACGUCCUGAGCCUGCGAAAGUUAACGAUUUGUAUGUGAACAUAGUGCCUAAUAUAUAUGAGCGUUUAGAUAAAGACGUCAGACCGUUAGAUUCCUUCAAGAAAUACAGCGUUUCGGAAGAUGGCGGCACUAGUAACAUUAGUAAUAGUGUCAUUAGAACUGAAUCAGAAAACGCAUCAGAUUUCAAUGGGAGCGGUGCCAAUGCAAGUGAUAGUGUGAUAAAAUUGGAACCACAGAACCCAUACCAAAACGCAGACAAUAGUGAGAAAAGUGAUAUUCGGACAGAAGAACAACAAGUGUUCAGGGAAUGGUAUGAAUGCAUAGAUAGGCCUAGUUAUAAUAAUGAACCGCUGAGGAUUCUGCCAUAUUGCAUCCUAGAUUAGGGCGCUUCAUAUUGUAAUUUCAGUGGUGUUGAGAUAGUUUGGGGUCUGGCAUUGGAGAUCGGACUUCGCUUUUUGAAUCGCCACUCUGUCGAAUGACUUCAAUCGUACUUUUUGAACAUUUCAUUAGUGCGUCCGUUUAUUUGUCGUUUUUAAAUCAAAUUUAUAGGAUGUUCUACACUGUUUUAUAAUAAAAUUCAAGUGUUUGCAUUAAGACACUUAACUAAUUUUCUCAACAUGUACUCAGGAUUAAAGUACAAAUUAGGAAAAUAGGCUGAUCAUCUCAGAACUUGCCCUCUAUGAAAUGUCAAGGGUUCGUUUCCCUACAAUAUACAUAUUUUGAAUUAGCAGUUGAAAAUGAAAUCAGGGAAUUGGGAAAUGUAGUGAUUACUAAAAUAUAAGAGACCACUAUUGAUUUUUUCUUCAUUGCCAAUUCUUAAUUAGAUUGGGGAAGAGUUCUGAAAUACACAGUAUAUUCACCAUAGAAGACUAUAAAAAUUUUAAUGAAAUUCCUUAAGAGCACAUAAGAGAGUCAACAAAAGUACUUAUUUUCUAUGUAUUCUUGCAGUUCAAUCUCGAAGUAAUUUUUUCUCAUGUUCCCGCUAUCAGCUGGGCGCAGAGCAGCAAAAUCACGACCGAAUGUUCUUACUGCAUUGUUUAUAAAUAUAGUUCUAAUGGUAAAGGGUAAAAUUUAUGUUUUUGAGUAUUUCAAAUUCUUCGUGGUAAGACCCUAAACUGGCCUCGACUAAUCAGUGUCUUACAUAUGCAUUAAAAACUAGAACAAUUAAAGUCAAAUAACUAAUCGAUAAGAAUGAAGCAAGUGCCCCGCCUGAGAUACCAUAAUAUAACAGUUUCGCCCUGAACUGUGUUUCUAGUCCAAACGUUUUACGAAUGUUACAUGCGGAUAAUUGUUCAUUUAGUUACGCAUUUUGUUUAUUUCGUUGGUUAUUGCUGUGAAGUUGCCAGAAUUAUUUAAGGUAGACCAUAUCAAUUCAAGUCAUCUUGGGGGCCAAUUUGUCCCCAUUUAACAGCGAAAUUAUCUAACAGUCCUGCAUUAAAAUGUAAAGCUGCCCGCAAAGCCCUCUAAAUAAAUUUUCCUCUACAAAUAUGUGCAAAAAUGACAAUAAAGACAUAAUCCCUGACCACAUUUAAAAUAUUGAUGUAUUGAUUACCAAAAUAAUUUUUGGCAGCUGAUGUCCGAAUAUAUUGUUUAGACAUCAUGUUUACUUGUGCAAAAAAUCGAAUCAUGUUAAGCGUUGAGAAAUUUUGGGAUAAUUUUGAAAGUCUUUGUUAUACUAUCAAUGCUUUAUGUAUUUGAAUACAGUUAUUGCUCAUCAUCUGUCAGUUAGUAAAUAAAGUACUAUUUAAUUCUUUAUUUGUUUUAUGCUGUUUAUUACUUUUUGCAAGUGUGUACGCAAAUACUUGUUCAUUCAGAUGUCUUCUUUAUUUUCUCAUGCUUCACAUUUAUUUAGUUGUAUUCUCUUAUUAUUGUUAUUCAUUUGUUAUGUUGAACGUAGUCGUUCUGCUUUGCGAAGUGUUGUAGUUAGGAAAUUAUGAAAUACGUUAUUUUUCAACAACAAUAUCCAAAACAUGUAAUUGAAAACAUUGAUGCCAAGCCUUGUAACGCAAUUAAAAAAAGCGAAACUAUUUUUUUAAUAUCGAAUUUUAAUGUGUAGAAUGUUUUAACGGUGGUUUGCAAUUGGAGAUCUUUAGAAAUGUUAUUUAUGUUUUAAUAUGUUAAAGCCAAAAAUUAACUAGUAUAAUUUUUUAAACUCUGGUUAACUGGAUCUUGAUUGGUUAGAGAUCGAUCCGUUUUAUUGUUAUAUAGAUAAUUUGCCUGCACCGCUGUGGCUCGAAGGGGCUUGUCCGACUCAUUUUUUUUGUCAUAAUAAGAAAGUUUAGGAAAGUGCCUAAACAAACUUUAUUUUCAUAAGCAAUUAAUUAAUUGAUUAUGUGUUAUCCUAAUUAAUAACUAAUCACUACGAGUGAAAAAAACCGAUAAAAAAAAUCAAAAAUUAAAUUAGCGCCUAGGUAGAAACGUAAUAAUCAAUUGAUUAUGCCAUGUUUAAUUAAUUUUGGAAUAAUGAAGUGAAAGUUGUUUAAUAUUUGCCACCUAUUAGGGAACAAUUUGCAAAGAAAAACGUUGUUUCUCGUCCCCGUGGGACCAAAUUAAAAGCUGCAAAUAGAUUUUAAUAUUUUAAAAUGAAAUUUUUCAUUAGCACACCUGUUGAUUUUAACUCAAUAAUAAAAAUUAUCAGUUUUUAUAAGAUAUAAUCAAAAUCGGCAAAUUUUAAAUAAAUUUCGUUUAAUUCACACAUUACACUACAAGUUCUUAAGCUAUCGAAUUGAUAUAAAAUACUUAGUCUGAUUAUAGCUCGCAAAUACUUACAAAACCAUUUCUAUGUUUAUCCUCUUGUAUUAUAGUAUGUCUUAAAUUACACAAUAACAGAUACAAGCAAUAUAUAGAGAUACUUGUAUCUCUUAUUGCCCGUUACACGUAACCAUUUACUUGUAUCUCUUAUUGUUUAUUUUCAAUCAAUUUAUUACUGAAAAAAUACUGUUUUUGUACUGAUGUUUCUUAAGUUGUAUUGUAAAUUUUAAACUCUUAUCUAUAAAUGGCAAGAGAAUUCGCGCCUGUUAGCUUAGCAGUAUAAUAACAAAUUGGUUUAUAUCAUUUACUUUUUCAGUUCGGAGUCUUCCCGGUAUUAAUGUUUGCAGAUAAAUAUUUAUAAAAACCAAAUAUAGAAAAUGUAAUUAAGUUGGGGAAGACUGCGCGUACUUUUUAGUUAAUCGUAUUGUUUAGUUUGUAAGUUUUUAGGGGCCCAUAUGACCAUUGCACAAUACGCAGUUCCUCAGCGGUCUCCGAAUUGUAUCCUUCCUUUAAACAACUCUGUAUUCUAGAAGUUGUUAUAAUAUUUCCCAAAGUGACCUUUUUCUUUCAGUUUUCUUUUGUACAUAUACCUAUAUAGUUAAAUUAUUGUACAAAGAAAAUAAUGGUUUAUUGAAUCUAUGAAUCGAUGUCAGAGCAUUGCUUUUGUUAGUGAUGUGUUUGAUAUUUAUUGCCUUCAAUAUAAAGAUAUUUUCUAUAACUCUAAAA